CAGUGCUUCCUCGCCAUUCCUGGGUAUACCCUCACCACUCACCCGCGCCCACGAUGUCCUACAAUCAUCAGAGCAGAGUUGCUAGGGGUCAUGCCUCCUCGUCGUCCUCUGCCUCGGCAUCAGCCUCUGCCGCGAGCGCAAUCUCCUCCUUUGCCGACUGGGCAGCCAGAUCACUCGACCCAGAGCUCAAGAUCACUCCCGUACAGUCCUACGUAGAGCGGUGCUGUGACCCCAUGAACACACAGCCCAACAUUGCCCUGAACCUGGAGCUGGCAGACUAUAUCAAGCAGAAGCAAGCUAAUACCCCUCGCGAAGCUGCCAGUGCCGUUGUUCAGCGCAUCAAUUCACGUCAUCCUCACGUCUCUCAAUUGGCUCUUGACCUCCUUGAUCAUCUCGUCAAGAAUGUUGGGUACCCUUUCCACUUGCAGAUUGCUACCAAGGAAUUCCUCAAUGAGCUCGUCAAGAGAUUUCCCGAGCGUCCACCCCUCUUUCCAUCGCCAGCGCAGACCCGCAUCUUGAAGCUCAUCAAUGAGUGGAAGAACACGCUCUGCGUCGAUUCUCGGAGAAAGGAGGAUCUGGUACAUAUCAGGGAUAUGCACAGACUGCUCACGUACAAGGGCUAUCGCUUCCCCAGCCUAGACUCCAGGUCAAAGGGUGUUCUGAACCCAGAGAACAACCUACAGACCCCCGAAGAGCUGGAAGAGGAGGACAGAGCCGCUCAGGCAGCCAAGCUGCAAGAGCUCAUCAGAAGAGGCACACCGAGAGAUCUAGAGCAAGCUCAGGAACUGAUGAAGAUCAUGUCCGGGGCUGAGCCCGAACGGAAACCCGACUAUGCAUCGCAGACAGCCAAGGAGCUGGACAAGGUGCAGUCGCGGGCGUUCCUUCUCAACGACAUGCUCGACAACUAUCAACAAGGAGAGAAGUUUGUGCGAGGAGAUGGCUACGAUCAGAUUGCGUCUCACCUGCGCAGCGUACAACCUCGGCUGCAGAAGUGGAUCUCGCAGGAGGAAGACACGGAAUCAGAGCAGAUCGAUCGCUUGCUGCUGCUCAAUGACCUAGUGAAUCAAGUCUGCGAGCGGUAUGAUGCUUUCAAGAAGGGAGACUACUCUGCCAAGGUUCACAUCGACCCUUCCAUUGAUCCGGCUAAAGGAGGCUCUGCUGCUGUGCCUACUGCAAAAAUGUCAGAUCUGAUAUCAUUCGACGACGAGAGCGCAAACCCAGCUAGUAACGCUUCGGGAACUGCCAGCAAUAGUAUCAUGGACGACUUCGCAAGUCUGACUUUCGGCGACAAUGCCACAACACAGCAAACACCCUCACAACCGGCAACGAAUUCAUCAGGUCUACCUUUUGAUCUCUUCGAUACGUCCAAGCUAUCACAGCCUCCUUCGAGCAGCGGAGGAGUCUCGCUUCCUCCAUCUAUGCGGCCGGCUUCUUCUUCCGGGGGAAUUGCCACGCCAGUUGGGUUGGACAGGGUCAGCUCGCCUCUGGGUGAUUGGGGUGCGCUGCAAUUGCCAGUAAAUGCCACGCCGCGGAACGGUACUCCCACUCCAGGAGGCACUCCAUCGCGGCAAGCCUCGAAGACCAAGGAUCCGUUUGAGGAUCUCCUGUCGUGAGCGUGAUGAGAUUGUCGAGGUAUGAGUCAGUGGUGUACCAGAGCGUCACGCGGAGAGGCUUGGCGCGGCGUCUGAAUGGGGCGUGAGGGCGUGGCG